CGAGCAAAAUGUCACUAUCAGUACCCUGUGCCACAUGUCAGAAAAUGUGCGCUGCGCUUUGUGGUGUCAGUUUGUGGUAAUAUUAUAUGACCUUUCCCAGUCCACGCCCUUGGAGGCGGGUUAGCACUAGAGAAAGGUAGGAUUCCGCACUGGCUGUGUAGCAUAGUCUCAGAAAGUAAACAGCUCAAAGGGUGUGCUUGACUUUUCAAAUGGAGACCGGAAUAUACAGUUUGACAGUAGGAAACUGAAAUGUGCUUUGGUAUCAUCCAGCCUGCUCUAUCUGACUGGAGGAAGUGUAGCUGGUGCUAUGCAUUCAUUCUUCUGAAUAGUGAUACCAUAUUUAUGCUAUAAAAACAACGCUUGUGACGGAACUUAUUUAUUAAUAAGAAUAUACACGUGAUAAUUGACUGGAUAUUUAUUAAUUUGGAAAUGAGAGAUUAUGAUGAAAUUACGUCUUUCUUGGGUGAGUGGGGCCCUUUCCAGCGGACGGUUUUCUUUUUAUUAAGCAUUAGUACUAUCCCUAAUGGUUAUGUGGGGAUGUCCAUGGUAUUUCUAGCUGACAUCCCAUCACACCGCUGCAAACUGCCAUACCUCAAGGAGAGCGGCGUAGAUUUGAAUCAGUCUUUACCAAUGCAAGUGAUAAAUGGAGAAAUUAUUCACAGCAGAUGCUCUCGGUACAAAUGGGUCAAUACUUCUUGGACAGGAUUUUUAAAUGACACGGAAAGCUGCCUGGAUGGCUGGGAAUACAGCACAGAAAGAUACACCUCCACCAUAGUUACAGAGGUAAGCACAAUGUUUCCUGUUAAUGAGCGUUUUUUGAAAUAUGGCAGGAAGGUGGUCCUCUUUUUCACCAUGGCACUGCAGACUGUCUUCAGUCUCAUUCAGGUCUUCUCUAAUAGCUGGGAGAUGUUUUGUGUGCUCUACUUUGUGGUUGGACUCGGACAGAUCUCAAAUUAUGUUGCUGCUUUUGUUUUAGGUAUAUUUGAACUGUAUGCUCAGUUUCACUGUAAUGGCCUUGUUGCAAUCAAGCUGUGUGACCUAUUUGCAUAUUUUUUUCGGAGCUGGAGGGUGUUGCUGUUUGUGAUUUCCAUUCCAGGAUUGUUUUAUGUACCUUUGUGGUGGUUUAUACCCGAGUCACCAAGAUGGCUGCUUUCUCAAGGCCGAGUUGAUGAAGCAGAAGCAAUCAUUCGAGCAGCUGCCAAGAAAAAUGACAUUACACCACCGGAGAAUCUAUUUAAGGGAGAGGAAAUCACUGCGUUUAUGCAGCUAACCUCUAAAGAGAAGAGCCAACAUUCAUACACCUACAUAGAUCUUAUUAGAACAACUAACAUAAGGAAUGUGAGCAUCAUUAACUUCAUCGUCUGGAUGAUUAUUACCAUCGGUUACUUUGGUUUAUCUUUGAAUACUCCAAACAUGGUUGGGGAUCCCUACGUCAACUGCUUCAUUUCAGCUGCUACAGAGAUUGCAGCCUACAUUUCAGCCUGGGCCACUCUAAAGUAUACUCCACGACGCAUUGCGUUAUCAUUCCCAUUGCUGCUUGGUGGAGCUGUGCUGCUGGCCAUCCAACUAGUCCCUUCCAACCUUCAAAUACUGAGCACUGUACUGGCGAUGGCAGGAAAAUUUGGAAUCACUGCAGCCUUUUCUAUAGUCUACGUCUUCGCAGCAGAGCUUUUUCCCACAGUCGUUCGGAACAUGGGGGUGGGUGCAUGCUCCAUGGCAUCCAGGACUGGUAGUAUACUUUCUCCAUACAUCGCCUUUAUUGGGACAUAUAACAAGAUCCUUCCCUAUAUCCUGAUGGGAUCCAUCACUGUAGUUGUAGGCCUUCUGAGUCUGUUACUACCAGAAACACAGGGACAGCCUCUUCCUGAGAAAAUCAGUCAAGUACCGCCACUUCACUGCUGCUGCCACAGAAGAGACCCAACUCUUGAAAUUGAUUUGGAAGAUAACAGUAUAAGAAAUGGAAAAUAUUCUGAAGCAUGCACUUCUGUAUUUCUGAUUUCGAGCAUAGUACUGGCAGUGAUAGAACCAUUUGGAACCACACUGUAGCCUUUUCUAUGUAUACUCAGCAGAGCUCUUUCCCAUAGACAUUUGGAACAUGGAGGUGAGAGCUCCGUGGAAUCUAGGAUCCGCAGCAUCAUCUCUCCAUACAUCGCCUUCAUCAGUACUGCAAAUUCUUUGCUGCAACCUGCUGGUCCAUUUCCAGCCAUUGUUUGAGUCCCACGUGGUCUGUCAUUAUCUGCCCGUCUGGGCGGCUCUCUGUAUUCAUAUCAGCUGGUAAAGAAUCCAGACUAUUUCAGCAAAGCUAUUCAAACAAUCAAAAUAUGUGAGUGGAGGAGGAAAACAUGGUUUUUUUUGCCUGUAUGAACAUUCUUUCAUCUGUGGCUGUUAGGUUAUUAUAAUCGCUCACUUAAAAUAAACUUGAGGUUGACAAGCAUUUCAACAGUGUUUUUAUUGUUUGAAUGAUUUUGUUGAAAGAUCUAAAGCAACACACGCCUUAUAUCCAUUUUAUCUGAUAAAUCAAGCUUAGCAUUUACAGUGGAGAAAAAAAUAUACUGUAUGUGAUAAUAUCGGUUACUAUUGUGAAGUUAUAAUAUAAUCCACAUUCUGCCUCCUAAAGAAACAUCUCCUUUGCCUUUGAGUAAUACGUGUGCUUCUUUUUCACAUGUUACUGGUUUCAGCCUUCUUCCCCCCUGGCCCUUUCCCGCGUUAGAGAGGUCAGAUUCAGUGCAAAGUUGCACCCAUAUACUCCUAUGGGGGAGCC